UGUUUAGUUCUCACCUGGGCGUUGCCAUCUGGAGAACAAACAUUAUUUUCCAUUUCAAUUCGCGAUCAUGAGUGACAAUUCCAUGAGGUUAGAAAACUAUGAAGUCCUUAAAGCUCUCUACGAUUUCAAGGCCACCUUUGCCAAAACCCUCAGCUUUCAAGAAGGUGAUUACUUUAUUUUAUAUCAAACUAACACCAAGCAGAGGAACUGGUGGCAAGUUGUCAACAGGGAUGGCCAUAUUGGAUACAUUCCUUCUAAUUAUGUCACCACCGUGAAGGUAACGUCCCAAGUAUUGAUUCAGUUUUUGGAAGAUUGUAUAGCAAAUGCGAUUGCAGAGACUAAGAAACAAAGUGGAUUACACUUAGAUAAGCAGGAUCUUAUUCUAAAAUUAAUAGAAAAGAAAAAGCUAGCAGAAUUGAAUAAGAAACCUAAAAAGCAAGCUCCAAUGCCUCCAGAUUUUGGGAAUGUCACACCUACCAGAGAAACAUCUUCAUCUCCUGUCUGUACUGUACAAGAAGGAGAUGUCAAUCCUGCUCAGAGUAAUACUUCAUACAUGACUGCACAGACAACUGUGCAUGGUAAUACAGAUAAAGAGGAAGCACCAGUUGUUCCACAGUGUCAGCACAGUACUAUAAGCGAUCAAAGAAAGCAGUCUCUGCCACGUCAAUCUUCCUCUGAAACACAAAAGGUUCAAACAGAUGUUCGCAAAAGUCCUUCUCAGGGUAGUGCCAGACAAACCCCUAACAGUUCACCUAUAAAGAAAAAGACUUCAUUAUGUGAUAUCAAUUCUCAUACUGCUUAUCAGUUACUUGACCAAGUACGGAGAAAUACUCAGUUAAGUUAUGAAAUGUCUAAAGUAGCUGUCACAGUAGUUGUUUCUGGUCUACAACAAUUACUGCCACCAAAUGUGAGCCAUUAUUUUGAUGCACUAUUGCAUCAGUUGGAAACACCAUUUACAGUAUCACAAAUGAGUAUAGAGGAAACAUAUGAUGCUAACAGAUUAAAAGUAAUUUUUACAGAGCUUACUUCUUGUAAAGAAGAUUCACAACAGAGAAAUUGGAUGCUUUAUGAAGAUGAAUCUAUUAUUGUUGAUUAUAUAAAAGAGCUUACUUCUAUAUUGACAAAUGCUGAUGCAAAUGUAUCUAGAUACGUUUUACAACAGGAUCAAUAUAAUGGAGUUAAUAUAUUAAUACAGUAUUAUCAAAUGGAGCCUAGGUGGACUAUCAGACAAUUACUCUUACAGUCAUUUGGUGUGAUGUGUAGUCUAGAUUCUGUGAUUUUGACCAUAAUGUUAAACAGUGUAUUGCCUAUGGAACUAGCAAGAGACAUGAGAAGUAAUCCCAGAAAUGUAACUAAAUUAAAUUAUUCUUCAUUAUUACUUACUAUGAUUUUCUCAAUGGGUGAACCUAUGCCUGUUACGCAUUUGGAGCAACUCGGCCCAGAUUUUAUAGCAUUUAUUCUGGACUUAAUAGAGAAUCCUCCUGACAUGGAUUUGGAAGAUCAGAUUCCAGAUUUAUUUGUAAAUUUAAUAUUGUCUUAUAAUUUACAAUUCACGAACUCAGAGAAUAUAGUUCUGAAUGCGUUGAAGGGAAGGACGGUUGCAAAAAAUUUUACUGAAAAAAUUUUGCUAUUAUUUAACAGGGAAGAGGAUCCUGUACGAAUAUUUGAUCACCAACCACCACCACCGCAUUCUGUACUGAAGCUAUUUAUCGACCUGUUCAGUAACGACGUUACGGCAGGUCUCUUCUAUACCAAUGACGUGAAAGUACUAAUCGAUAUUAUAUUGCGCCAACUGUAUGACAUGUUUCCCGGAGAUAAGCGUAGACAAUAUUUAGAAUUAUGCCGAAGAGUACUUCGUACAUCCAGUUAUAACGAACAUAGAUAUCGUUCAGAAGAUUUAUUGAAAUGUUUCACAAGGAUAUUCUGCGAGGAGACUGGGGAAAGUCAAGAAGACCAGCAGUCGGUACGCGAGAUUAGCAAUGAAUUUCCGCAUUUAUUUAAGAUGUGACAUUUACUUUCCUCCUCCGAGAAUAAAGAUUUGGAGGAAGACGACUUGCAAACUCUUGUGUAAGAAAGCGUUGCUGUACACAGUGCAGAGGAAUCAGGUUACUGAUCAGAAAAAUCUUCUUUAUUUUUCUAAUCUCUAUUUUGCAUAUAUUUUGCUCAGCUAACGUAAUUAUGAACGCACACGCGAUUCGCAGAAUUUUAAGCGCAUUAAAUUCUAUUUUUCCCGUUUUAAUCUUUCUAUUAAACAAUAUCACUUAUUCUAGAUAAAAAAAGAA